AUGGGAAGCUCUUGCACGAAGGACUCCGCAAAGGAGCCCCAGAAAAGUGCGGGUAACAUCGAUACGACCACUCGAAGCGAUGAGAAGGACGGCGUCCUUGUGCAGCAGAACGACGGGGAUGUGCAGAAGAAGAGCGAAGAUGGAGACAACGUGGGAGAGGGAGGCAAGGGCAAUGAGGAUGGUAACGAUGAUCAGCCGAAGGAGCACGCUGCCGGCAACUAG